CUCAUGCAGCUACUUCCUGCUUUCAAUGAUAUUAUCCUCGUGCUAGAGGAGAACACGGAUCAGAUCUUCUUCAUGAAUGUUACUCUCCUGCAAUCUCAAUGUCAAUUACCCUACUGUGGGGACAUUCCGCCAAGUCCAGAAUGCGCCAUCAGCGACUGGACCUCCUUCGUUCGGCUUGCCGAUCCUCCUGUUUUGAUGCCUGCUCCCCCCAGCCGAAUCCCGAUUCUACAUUCCGAAUUAUGUGAGCGCGCCAAGUUGGACCGCUCGCACACGGCUGUCGCGCUGUCACUCUCGCCCACACUCGAUAUCACAGAAGUCGUUCCACUCGCCGCAGUUCUCCUCGAAUACCCGAUUGCAUAUGUUCCCAUAUCGUCGGAUCAAAGUUCGUUUUUGGCGGGAGUACCGCUCGAUGUCUACACAUGCGCACUCGUUCAGCCCUUCCGAGAUGAUGGACGAACAGCCAAAGUCACGCAAGAACAUAUCCUCAUGAGGUUUUCAUGUCCUUGUGGAAUAGGCCAGAGAGAGGCGGAGCUAUCACCUUCCAGGACCACGGAGAGAUUGAAAGACCGGUUCGGCGGCAGACUUAGCGGAGCGGGUUGCUCGGACGAUCUCAUAGUGCGGCAUACCAUGGAAACCCAUGAUCGUGUCUCUCUAUAGCAAGAGCACAGUAAGCACAUUCGUAUGCGCAUGUCUGCGUCACAUUAAUGCCUAUCCUAAAGGGUUUGUCCAACUUGUUCGUCUUGACAUUUUCUAUCGCAUGCACUACCUCCAACCCUGACAAAACGC